AUGAACGAAGCUCACACUGAAAUCACAAUUCCUCACUUGUUUAGAUGCCCCAUAAGUCUUGAUUUGUUGGAAGAUCCAGUGACUUUAACCACUGGCCAAACCUAUGAUAGAUCAAGCAUAGAGAAAUGGAUUUCCGCAGGUAAUUUCACAUGUCCUGUAACAAUGCAGAAGCUUCAUGAUUUAUCUUUUGUUCCUAAUCAUACUCUUCGCCAUUUAAUUAAUCAAUGGCUUCAGCUUGGUUCACAAUUUCAUCACCCUUGUAAUAAUAACAUCUCUGCAACCAUAGAUUACUUAGCUACAAUAAAACACACCCUUGAAUCUCAUGAUUCAUCUUUAGAAACCAAGUUCAAAGCACUUGAGAAAAUCAGUGUUCUUUCUGAUGAGUAUUGUUCUUUCAGAAAAUCUUGCUUCCAACAACUUUGUUUCUUAGCUUUACUUUUGGAACUUGUUUUUGGUUUAUCAGAUUCACAACUCUCAGAAAACUAUUACAUGGAAUUCAUGGAGUUAGCACUUUCUUGUAUUCUUAAACUGUUGCCUAUUGUAAAUUUGGAGCCUCUAAAUAUCAUCAAAGAUGAAUCAAAGUUGAAAAAGUUCAUAUUUUUAUUUGAAAAAGGAACUAGUUCAAUGAAGACUAGUUUGUGUCUUGUUAUAGAUUACUCAACAACAACAUCACAAACAGAAGAGGUUUGUGAAAUACUAGGAAACUCACAAAAACUAGUCCAUGAAAUUGUUCAGGUUGUUGUUAACAAAAAUUGUGAUAAUCUUUCUGAGGCUGCAAUUAAGGCCUUAUCAGCAUUAUGUUCAUUGGAAUCAAACAAAGAGAGUUUAGUGAAAGGAGGAGCAAUAUAUGGAAUCAUAACAUAUAUUUCAAGAUGUGAUACAACAAGAGAGAAGAAUUUGGCUCCACUUGCAAUGACAACAAUGAUGAAGCUUCUGGUGUUGGAGAGUGGUAAAGAGGCAUUGGUGAAUCAUGUGAAUGGUAUUGAAACUUUGGUGAAGAUGGUUUUUAAGGUAUGUAAUCAAGAGUGUAGUGAGAGUGCUGUUGGGAUACUUUCUAUUGUUUGUAGUGAUUUUGGGAGUGCUAGGGAGGUAGCUAUUGGAGCUGGUGUUUUGAGUCAGUUGUUGUUUCUUUUGCAGAGUCAGUGUGGUACUAAAACUAAAACUAAGGCAAGAAUGUUGCUCAAGUUGUUGAGAUCCAAGUGGACUGAGGAAUCAAUGCAUUAG